UUUGAUAAGCUUUGCGAAGCUUUGUAGCAGCUCAAAGCUUACGCUGCAAAUUACACUUGAUUUAGUGUCGCUCUAAGCUUGAAAGAAGCAACUAAACCGGUUUUGAAUAGUUUUUCUGUGUUUGAAUUUCCAAAUUUAUCAAUUAAAUACGCGUAACUGAGAAAAAUAUGCAUACAAUUUUGCUUUUGCUUUGCAUUUUGAUGGGUUUGAACGAAAAUGUGUUCGUGGAGCCGGCAACAAUACCGGAGAGUCAUAAUGAAGUUUGGGGUGCACGUAGCUCACGUGACGUACUCAUUAAGCGUGAAAUAGUGAAAGAGACGUUCAAGCCGUUGCGCGUGGUGUCGAGUGACUAUGAAUUCAGACAAAAGGCUGAUGGCAUUGUCCAUCCCCGCACGAUAACCCAAAUUGUGGUCACAGAUAUCUAUACUGAUGGCGAUGGUGGCUAUGCAUCAUUGAAAAGCGGCGGACCAGGAAUGGAUUUUGCAGUUAUACACCUAAGGAGCCAGCGUGGCCAUGGUUAUCACUUUACUAUUGAUUUCUAUGGACAGUGAACGAAAUUUCAAUUAUGAAAUUAAAAAUAUGAAUUUACAGUAAUUUUGAGAUGAAUAUUUAUAUAACAUCUGCAUAUUAAAACUGUUAGGAUGAGAUUUUUAUUAUAAUGUUAAAUAAUUAAUCGAAAUAUAUAUAUGCGUUGAUAUAGCGCACGAAAUUGAGAAAAUACA